ACGAAUUUACAAACAGGGCUACAAGUAGGUAAACAAAUCCAAAUUAAUUUCUGAAGCAUGGCAAACGAAGCGGAGGAGACAGUUCGAAAGCUCGCCGCCCAUCGGGGAGUGGCUGGCGUCGUCAUCGUGAAUGGAGAAGGUAUACCCAUCAAGACCACUUUAGAGAACCACGUCUCAGUCCAGUACGCCGGUCUGAUGUCGGCUUUAGUGGACAAGGCGAAAGCAGUGGUCAGGGACCUGGACCCCUCCAACGACUUGACGUUCCUAAGGAUCCGCAGCAAGAGGAGCGAGGUGAUGGUGGCACCAGACAAGGAGUUUAUAUUGAUAGUAGUUCAGCAUCCGGUUGACUGACGAAGGCUAACGCCGACGGGCGUUUUUAUUUUAGAUUUUAAUGUAUUACUUCUCAUCAUAGUUGUUACUUUUCCUUAAAAUCAGAUGUAAUGUUUGAAUUACUUUGUUUCUUUUAAUUAUUUUUAGUAUUAUCAAAGUUCUUUCAUUGUAUUUUACUGAUAGUUAUUUUAAUCAUGAGUGGUCU